AUGUCCAUUCUUUUUGAUACUCCUGCUUUCUACCGUGCACCUGCUGCAUUAUCUGGUUCUUGUGAUCUUAACCCCUUCAUUGGCAAUUAUAGAGACUUAUCUGAUAUUUUAACUCCUGAAUUAUUUGCUGCUGUACCAAACAACUCAAAGGAUGCUGCUAUUCCUCCUUUCUGCCCAUCCAAAUCAGAAGCUGUCAAAAGACACAUUAGCAAAACCGCCGACAAUGUGAAACGGUCAAAAACCGAAUCUCCGAGGAAGAACCAAUCACGUUCCAAAAGAGAAGGUCAUGAUGAGAAGAAAGAUCGUAUCAAGCCAUCUUCUUCGGUUAUCGUUCCUCCAAUAAAUGUCAGGGAAACCAGAGAUAGCAUUGAAAUACUCGUAUCCAUUCCAGGUACCACCAGGGAGCAAAUCAAUGUUGAUUUCAACAAAACUGCCAGUUUAUUAUCUGUGACCGGUACCCUUCCUAGACCCGAUAGUUUAGAUCUGGUACUAAAGGGCCACUUGAACGAAAUUGAGACUGGAAGUUUUGAAAGAAAGAUCCAAAUCCCAAAAGAGGUAAAGGUUGAUCACUCGAAACUUACUGCUGACUAUGAUAAUGGAAUCUUGAAAGUAGAACUUCCUAAGAAGAUAAAUAUUCCAAAGCAGGUUGAACUUCCGAAGAAGAUUGAAGAACCAGUACAGCAGUCACAAAUGCCAGCUGUAAGAAGAAUUCGUGUUGAGUUCCUUUAA